AGAGGAGGGGGAAAAAAAAGGAAAACAAAGACGUAGAAGAAGAAUAAAACUUAUCUUUGCCUCAAUUUGGAACCUCAGUUACAUUGUAUAGAUCUUUACAUUAUGGGUUAUUACAAGCCCCUUUGGCUGUUCUUCUUCUUCGUCUUCUUUUCGGCAUGUGUCUCGACGAACUUCUCCCAGGCCAUAGAGCUCGGUGGAUCGAAUACGGCAUGCUUGCAGAAACUGCUUCCAUGCAAGAAUUAUGUGAAGUCGCCUUCCCCGCCGUCCUCCUGCUGUGAUCCUCUUAAGAGUAUGAUAUCGACCGAUACCCAGUGCCUCUGCAAAGUCUUCAACGACCCCGAAUCCCUGAAGAGCCUCAGCAUCACCCAGGACGAUGCUCUCGGUCUCGCCAAGUCCUGCGGUGCCAAUCCUGAUGUGUCGGUCUGCAAGAGUGCAGAAAAAUCAGGAUCGGCGAAUGCUACUUCAUCAACAUCUACCAACACAACAACGAGCUCCCCCACCAAGAGUGAAGCUUCUGCUAUAUCUUCCCCUGGCAGAAUAAUAUCCUCACUCUCCAUUGCUUUCUCGGUUGCUUCCUAUGCAAUUUUCUCCUCUCACUAGAUAUGGUAUAGUAAGAGUCCAGGUAUCUGGUUCGAUACAGAAUACACCGACCUACAUAUAAGUAAGUUGAAGGACAUCGACAGAUGUUGUAGCGCAUUACUCGACUUCUUUAAUUCAGAUGGUCCAGAAACUAGACAAGUUCCGGCAAUGGGUUUCGCUUUAUGUUAAAAUGCCGGAUGACUGUCUACUAUACUGCUCAUGCAUACGGAUAACGAAGAUUUAAUCAACUCGUACCCUUUUGUUUCCUCUCAGUUUUCUGUAUUUUUCUUUUGGCAAUGGAAUUUUAGAGAGUGCAAUAUUGAGCUUUUAUUAGAUUUCUCA